UGGACAGCGAGACAUCUUUCGCUUGGAAGGGCUUCCUCUUCUCCUUGAACUCAUGUGCCAGACAGAUACGCCAUCCCUCCUUGGGCACUCCAUAGCCCAUUUCUUCAGAGACAUACCUACUCAUAAGGUCCGCUGAGGAUUUCUCACCCCACUCUGAAGAAGUCAUUUUAGCAGGAUACCAGGUGUGAGGAGCUUAAAGUAUGUAUGAAUGGGGAGCAGGAAAUCAGGAAGAUCCCACCAACUUGUAUCAAAGAUGAUCGAGGUGGUGGCCUCCAUGGCCCGAGGCCCCGUGUUUCUCGCCGGCGAGCUCAUGGAGUGUCUCAUAACGUUCACCAACCCAAUGUCCCACCUGUCCACCUCUGCCAGCAGUGAGAUGCUGGCAUGGGCAAGUGCUCAGAUCCACUGCCAGUUUCAUGCCAGUGAGAGCAGAGUGGCCCUGCCGACCCAAGGCAACAAACAUGAUGUCCAAGCUGAGAGCAACACCGUACUUAUCCCAAGCAGAGGAGAGCGGGGUCAAUGUGUGCUGGACACACCACCUAAAAUAUUAUUCUGUGACCUGCGCCUGGACCCAGGGGAGAGCAAAACCUAUUCAUACAGUGAGAUCGUACCCAUAGAUGGUCCUCCUAGUUACCGUGGUCAGGCGGUGAAAUACGUCUACAAACUGACCAUCGGCUGCCAGAGAGUCAACUCGCCUAUCAAACUGCUCCGAGUUCCCUUCAGAGUGCUGGUUCUACAAGGCAUGCCAGAGCCUCCAUUUCCACAGGAUGAAGAGGUUUCCCCCUCCAACCCUUUCCUGGAGGAAGAGGAAGCGAGCCGCAGGGAUGCGCGGCCUUUAGAGAGAGCUCUGGACAUGCUGAUGAUCACCACAUCGAGACGCUGCCCUCACAUGUUCAAUAUCACCAAUGUGCGUGGGAAAGUGGCAAAGUUCUGCAUCUUCAAGACGGUUUACAGACUCGGCGAGGACGUUAUUGGAACAUUUAACUUCUCAGAGGGAGACAUUCCCUGUCUGCAGUAUUCAGUGAGCGUUCAGAGUGAGGAGGAGAUCCAGCAGCAGCACCAGCGGCGCCCCGGACAGGUCAUCAGUGUGACUGGACACGGGCGACACAUGGAGUCGUGCCUGCACACCGCCUCCAGCCACUUCUCUCUGCCCAUCCCGCUCAACGUCACGCCGGGUUUCAGUACAGACAUAGUGAUGCUGAGGUGGCGCCUUCACUUUGAAUUUGUCACCGCACGGGAGCCUAUGGAGCCGCCCACAGUUCUGCAGAACCAAUCCGAGGUCACCGUGUGGGCCGGGGCGGAGCAUGUGGACGUGGAUACCUUCAGCUGGGAUCUGCCUAUCAAGGUCCUGCCCACCAACCCGGCCUUGGCAUCCUACAUGUCCCACUUUUCAGGGACCAACAGCAUCACUAUUUGACUGUCAUCAAAGUGUGUGUGUGUGUGUGUGUGUGUGUGUGUGUGUGUGUGUGUGUGUGUGUGUGUGUGUGUGUGUGUGUGUGUGUGUGUGUGUGUGUGUGUGUGUGUGUGUGUGUGUGUGUGUGUGUGUGUG